AUGGGAAACGCAUUGUUGGAUAUAUCGGCAAAAUGUGACCAAAAGUUAUUAGAAAAGUAUAAUUUAAAAGUUGACGACAACUGCGAGGCCGAGGACUACCAGUUACCCAUAUUUGACAAACUGCUGGCUAUGCCCGAUGUCGUUACAACUCCAGGAGGUUCGGCCCAAAACUCAUCCCGUAUAGCACAACAAAUAUUGAGCCCUAAAACCGGUGCCGAAUCGGUAUAUUUCGUGGGAAGUAUCGGAAACGACAAAACGGGUAAAAUACUGGAGCGCUCGGUUAGGGAGGCAAAGGUGCGCACUCUAUACCACUAUCACCCGACGCUCAACACGGGUGUGUCGGCAGGAAUGGUCACAUCGGACACCAAUCGCACGCUAAUGGCAAACAUCGGGGCUUCGCAGGCGAUGCCGCAGGAGUUCCUCGACUCGAGUCUCGUACGCAAAGCACUCGACAAAUCAAUCAUACAUUUCGUUGAGGGCUAUUUCGUGACCCACUCCCCCAUAACUGUGCUCUCUUUGGCCAAAAUCAGUCAACAACUGAACAAAAACUUCUUCCUCUCGCUGUCGGCCACGUAUGUCGUGAGCCAACACUUCGAGGAAUUAAUGCAUUUGAUGCCAUACACGGACGCCAUAUUCGCCAACAACUCGGAGGCCCAGGCCUUUCACACCCACCUCACCGGCACCAAGACAUCUGAUAUGUCACUCAUUGCCAAAACUAUUGCCAAAAUCGAAAAGUCUAAACAAACGGAUCACUUGUGGACUGAUAUAAAGCGAUGCGUUUUUAUAACUCAGGGCUCGGAUUCAGUGAUUGUCGCCAAGUAUUUGUCAAACGAUGAGGUGGUAGUCAGUGAGCACUCGGUGCCUAAGAUUGAGAUCAAAGGCGACACUAUAGGCGCCGGCGAUGCCUUUGUCGGCGGUGUUGUCGCGCAUCUGGUCUGCGGUCAUAGCAUUGAAGAAGCGGUCGAUUUUGGGAUCCGUAUCGCCGGUCAGGUCUGUCAGAGUAGAGGAUGUCUUCUCAAUGAUUAGUUAGUAUUCAUCGCA